UCAAGUGGACGUCCACACAAUAGGCACAUUGGAUGUGCACAUGCGCAUUGCUCUCCUGUCAGACGGAAGACAUGAAUUCUCCUCCCAUUUCCGGCUCGUUCUCUUUCCACCCUUACGUGACACGAUGACUAAGAAGAGAAGGAACAAUGGCCGUGCCAAGAAGGGACGUGGACAUGUCCAGCCCAUCCGCUGCACCAACUGUGCCCGGUGUGUUCCCAAGGACAAGGCCAUCAAGAAGUUUGUCAUCAGAAACAUUGUCGAGGCUGCUGCUGUGAGGGACAUCACAGAGGCCAGUGUGUUCGAUGCUUACGUGCUGCCCAAACUGUAUGUGAAGCUGCACUACUGUGUGAGCUGUGCCAUCCACAGCAAGGUGGUGAGGAAUCGCUCCACCGAGGCCAGGAAGGACCGCACACCACCACCCCGCUUCAGGCCCAGCGGUGGUGCCCCAAGACCUCCUCCAAAGCCCAUGGGUUAAUGUCAUUGACCAUCCUUGGGAUCAAUAUCAUUUUUAUGUAAACAAAUAAAAGUGAUUUAACUGUA